GCCCCACGCCUCCUGCCUCUCCCCACGUACAAAGGCGCAGGUCCGCUGCGCUCCGCUGGCCGCCGGUUCCAGCUAGCCCUGCGUCUGUGCCGCGCCUCCCUUGCUAGGUUUCAACAGACUCCAUCAAAAUGCCGUCUCAAAUGGAGCACGCCAUGGAGACCAUGAUGUUCACAUUUCACAAGUUUGCGGGAGACAAAGGCUACCUGACCAAGGAGGACCUGAGAGUCCUCAUGGAGAAGGAGUUCCCUGGGUUUUUGGAAAAUCAAAAAGACCCUCUGGCUGUGGACAAAAUAAUGAAAGACCUGGACCAGUGCAGAGACGGCAAAGUGGGCUUCCAGAGCUUCUUCUCGCUGAUCGCAGGCCUCACCAUCGCAUGCAAUGACUAUUUUGUGGUACACAUGAAGCAGAAGGGAAAGAAGUAAAGAAUCCAGCAAUUCUCCCCGCCCUAUAAAGAUCUCCCAAAGGGUUGCUUCAGGAACCUGCCCCACCGAUUCCCCCUGUGUAAAGAUUUCAGGAGAGGAUCAGGACCCUUAGAAAAUGCGCAAAUAAUGUCUAACUCCCAUUUGACAAACAGAGAAAGCUAAAGCUUUUGGUUUUUAUAUUGUUUGCAUCCUCUUGCCCUCAAUAAAGUCUCUCUCUCUUUUUUUUUUUUA